CGCCAGUCUGUGCCUGGGACAACGUCGUCAUACUGACAGAGUAAAAGGUCGAGGCCUUUUGGGUGACAAGACGGAUCGCGGGGCAACACCCACAACCCCACGUCAUGGCAGAGACCAAGCUUGCACCGGAUGAGGCAGCUCGGAUUGUUGUCAUGCUGCCUUGUCAGUCAGUCAGUCAGUCAGUUAGUCAGUCUGGCCUAGCUUGUUCAGCUGUCUGUCUGUGACUUGAGCCGCCCUCCAGAAGAAUACAAAAAGGACGUAGAUUCCCAGCUCAGUUUCUCUUUUCUUCCCCUCCAUCUUCAUCAACACCAACAACAACAACACAAUCCACACAAACAAACCAAACACUUUUCCACCCACCCAACCCAACCAACUCAGUCAUCAUGGCCGACGCAAUCAAGAACGCAGUCUCCUCCGCCUCCGAGACCGUCCAGCAGGGCAUCUCCGGCGUCUCCAAGGAGGGAAACAAGGAGGUCGCCAAGGACUCCAGCGCCCCCGCCGGCACCCGCGCUGAGGCGGCCAAGGACGCUGCCAGCGACAAGGUCUCCGAGACCACCCACAGCAUCAAGAAGUAAACUCCUCGACCACGCUCAACUGAAACUGAGGGGAUCGAGUGGGAGGAUUGAGCUGCCAACCAUGCAGUCAUCACUUUAGCGAUUCAUAUUUCUAAUACAGUGAUACCACCAC